GGUCUUGCUCUUCAGUACUUUCACUCAACCGUUUGCUUCAACAUGUCCACCAACUCCAUCAAGUUACUAGCCAGUGAUGUCCACAGAAGUUUAGCCGAGCUUGUGGCUAAGCGAUUAGGGCUUCGUAUUUCCCCCAGUGAGUUGAAACGAGAAUCCACUGGAGAAGUUCAAUUUUCUAUUGGCGAAUCCGUGAGAGAUGAAGAUAUAUUUAUAAUUUGUCAAAUUGGAUCAGGGAUCGUGAACGAUAGAGUCUUAGAGCUCCUCAUUAUGAUUAAUGCAUGUAAGACCGCCAGUGCUAGAAGAAUUACUGUGAUUUUACCUAAUUUCCCCUACGCCAGACAAGAUAGAAAGGAUAAAUCCAGAGCACCAAUCACGGCGAAAUUAAUGGCAGAUAUGUUGACUACUGCCGGCUGUAACCAUGUGAUAACUAUGGAUUUACAUGCGUCUCAAAUUCAAGGGUUUUUCGAUGUUCCAGUGGAUAACUUGUAUGCCGAACCUAGUGUUGUUAGAUAUAUUAAGGAAAAGAUUGAUUACUCCAAGGCUAUUAUAAUUUCUCCUGAUGCCGGUGGUGCCAAGCGUGCUGCCGGAUUGGCUGAUAGAUUAGAUUUAAACUUUGCAUUGAUCCACAAGGAAAGAGCAAGAGCAAACGAAGUUUCAAGAAUGGUCUUAGUUGGGGAUGUCAGCGACAAGAUUUGUAUCAUUGUUGAUGAUAUGGCUGAUACUUGUGGAACAUUAGCAAAGGCCGCAGAAGUGUUGUUGGACAACAACGCCAAGGAAGUUAUUGCCAUUGUUACCCAUGGUAUCUUAUCUGGUAAUGCUAUCAAGAAUAUCAACAACUCUAAGCUUACCCGAGUUGUUUGUACUAAUACUGUUCCAUUUGAAGAAAAGCUCGAACUUUGUCCUAAAUUAGAUACCAUUGAUAUUUCUGCUGUGCUUGCCGAAGCUAUUAGAAGAUUACACAAUGGUGAAAGUAUUUCUUAUUUGUUUAAAAAUGCUCCUUUAUAAAUUUGUUUUAUUUAUAUAUAUAUAUAAUCAACUGUAUUAACUUAUUAGAUUACUCUAGCUAAUGCUGU